AUGGAUCACCUAUUUUGGGAUGGAAGAAUUCGAAUUGCUAUGGAAGACUACCUCUAUUCCAAGAACACUAGUCUCGAAGCAAAGCAAGCACUCCUUCGGUACAUAGAAACAAGUCCAAACUUUGCAAAUCCGGAUCCAAUCAUCAAUUUGGAAGAGUACGACCUGCGACUGAUGUUCAUUCCCGAUCUUCAAAGGUCUUACCGCAAGUUUACUUCCAGUCAACGCAAUAAUGAUGGGAACUUUCAGUUUACGACUCUGCAGAUGUCGUAUCUUCUGUUAAUUCCUCUGGGAAAACUCAGUGAUCUCGUCAGGAAUCCUAUGGCCACCAUCGUGCCAUGGCUCAACUUGGAGACAUAUAUUUCUUUCAUGGUUCGAGGCAGAAUACUGGAUAAUGUUUCCACUGGUACACGCGCAGUUUCCCAAACACCCCCCAGCAGUUCUUGUAGCCAGCUUACGGACGACACAAUAAGUAUUUGCCGAAAUACAGACGAACGAGACAAGUGCAUCGCUCGAGAUAAUGGAGCCUGUAUCCUAACAGGGGCGGCAUUCCCUGACGUUUGUCCUAUUUUACCAUUCUCAAUCAAUGCAAACGACGAAGGCCUUGCUCAUUACCGCACUCAACACUCCCUAGCGAUGUCUCUUGUUGACGAAAAAUACCUAGUUAAUAUACCUAACCUUCUUGGCUCUGAGCUUGGUUGCUCUGACAAAGUCUGGAAUAUGCUCUGCUUACAUCCGGCUCUCCGCCAAUGGUGGGAGAAAUGUCUCUUUGGUCUAAAGUGCCUUAGGAUUAUUCCUUCGCCCAAAAGUGAUGGCAAAUGCACUAUUCAGCUCCAGUUUCAUUGGAUGCCUAGGAAUGGGUUGGACCCGCAAGUGUAUGCUCAGCCUGAUCGCGAUACCUUCGAGAAAAUGCUACAGAUAAUGUCGCCACAGGAAGAAGACUUGACUACUGAAUUACGAAAUCCUUGCUCUCAACGACUCAAAACCGGAAAUGUCUUCAGCCUCAUCAUGCCGGAAGAAGACGCAACCAAAAUGAAGGGAAUGAUUGACAUCCAGUGGGCCAACGUAAAGCUUGCAACGAUUUCUGGUGCGGCAGGAAAUUGGGAACUGCUGGAACAUUCUCCUCACGAGUUUGAUGCAAAUCCCGACCCCGUCGUAUAUUGGGAUGAUGGCUGGUCGCGAGAGUAG